AUGACGCAACUGAAGAUGUAUUCCAACAUGCUGAAGAAGUUGUUGAUGAUGUUGAGGCCAGGUGGGCCGCGUGACCCAUUAGUGUUGACUGCCUAUGGUGACCAUGUUGCAGUCAUUGUAUGGAAUGGAGAGUUAUCCUCCCAUGGAAGGAAGGUUCAAAAAUUUAGGAGGUCUGCUGCUGAAAUUGAAGGACUAGUCGCUGCCACAGAAUUAAGUCCUUUGAUCGCAUGUUCAUUGGACACUAGCGGUCGAGGACUCAUAUCGGCUUUUGUGGAGAGGUGGUAUAAAGAGACAAGCAGUUUUCAUCUUCCAGUAAGAGAGGUGACCAUCACCCUCGAUGAUGUGGCCUCUCUGCUUCAUCUUCCCAUCAUAGGCGCAUUCCACAUCUUCGAGACUUUUCAUGUUGACAAAGCGGUCUUGAUGUUGAUCGAGUUACUUGAAGUCUUUGGAGAUGAAGCUAGAGCUGAGACAAUACAAUGUCAUGAGGCAUACAUACGCCUAUCAUGGCUACGAGAGAUUUAUCAAAGUAAAUGUGAGGUCGAACAUUGGACUGUAGUAGCUCGUGCUUAUUUGUUCCAUUUGUUAGGUUCCACUCUUUUUGCUAACAAGAGUGCAACACAUUAUUGGAUUUAUGAGCAUUUUUCAUCUAUUGUUGAGGCUUUUACGGACCCAGACUAUGAUGAAAGGUCACCACGUGCCUGCCGGUGGACUUAUACGAAGGCUUCUACGAAGUCAUUACCAGCAUCGACAUAUCGAAAGCGUCUAGAUCAACUAACAACUGCUGAUGUUUGA